AUGGCACCCUCCCGUGUUGACAGUCCGGAGCCCAUCCCAUCCCCUGCCCCGGGAAAGCUUCAGUCCAUCCAGACACAGCAGCCUCACUAUGGUGACUUCCGUGACGACUUCUUUCGCGACGGUUACGCUGUCAUCAAAGGCGUGAUGAGCAAGGAGCGCGCUAGCGAAUACCAGAGCGAAGCCCUGACCUGGCUUGAAUCAUUCGGCCUUGGCUUUGACCGCAACGACAAGUCCACCUGGAAGAAGGAAAACCUUCCACAGAGCUGGAAGGGUGGCAUGUACCUGCACUUCUCAGCUGCGCACGAGAAAUAUGUCUGGGACGUCCGAUGUGAGCCUGGUGUGAUUGCUCCCUUCGCUAAGCUUUGGGGUACCGACGAACUUGUCGUGUCCUUCGACACGGUGAACAUUACUCUCCCUCAAUCCAUCGUUGGCACCUACGACUCCCAGCCCUGGCCACACUGCGACCAAGCGCCCGAGCGCAAAGGUCUGGUCUGUGUUCAGGGCAUCGUCAACCUCUCCAGCGCGGGCCCCGACGACGGUGGGCUCAUUGUAAUGAAGGGUUCUGCACCGCUCUUUGACCAAUUCUUCGAAGAGAACCCCGUCACUGGUCCCACCCCCUGGCGCACCGCCAAACAUAAGGAUUUCCACCCCUUCUCUGACAAGGAUCUGGACUGGUACCGCGAGCGUGGAUGCGAAUUGAUCAAGGUCUGCGCUGAACCUGGAGACUUGAUUCUCUGGGACUCGAGACAGAUGCACUGGGCUCAGUUCGGGACCUCGGAUGUAGUGCGGACUAUUGUUUAUGCUACGUAUACGCCGGCGGCAUGGAUGAGCGAGGAGGAUCGGGAGAAGAAGAAGGAAUUAUUCGAGGGAUAUGAGACAACUACACACUGGCCGCAUACUAACUUGUAUACACAUGGGAAGGCGAUGGUGAAGGUGGAUGGGGAGGAAGUAGUGGAUCCGUUGGAGAGGGACGAACCUCUUACCAAGCCGGUGAGAAGUGAGAGAUUGUUGCAGUUGGCAGGUGUGAAGCCAUACUAG